UUUAACUUCCAAAAUGGCGGCUUGCCGGAACCUUAGAAAUACAGGUUGUCAUCUCUCUUGCCUUUAAAUUCCGCAUCUGCAUAUUGACGUUGACGUUUGUCUCAUGCAUGGACUCACUUAGGAUUUAAGAAAGCCGGCAUGGACCUAAAACCAAAAAUAACCUGUGAGUACCAGAUUGGAAGGGAUAUCUUUUUCGGUGGCAUCAUCAAUUGCGAUCAUUGUGAUUUAGAAUCUUUCUGUUUCAUGUGCUAUGAUUAGAAGAAUUUAAAUGUACGCUAAAUUUAUAUUUCUUUUGUUGGUUUUCUCUUCGCCGUUUUUCGGGCGUUUCCAGGGAUGCCAAUUUCUGGAUAUUUCAAACCAGGAGAGUAUUCUUAACCCCUCCCCACUGUGAAAUACCCACGAUAGUGUUGACCCUCCCUUACAAGGCUAAGGAAAAAGGCAUUUUUUCUAGGAUUCAAAUUGUUUGUGCCUUAUACAACACUAAAUAACCCACCAUAAACAAUGUCACAAGCUCCCCUUUUUAUAAAAUCUCUCCCUGACAAGCUUUUUGUCUACGACCUGAAAUUUCUGGUGAGCUCCCUCUCUCCUGAUAAGUAAGUCCUAAGGAGUAGUUGUAUUGUUAUUCCAUUUGGCUGGAUAACAUGUCAUUUCAAAUUAUCAUUGUAUUUGAAAGACUUAAUCUGUUUCCAUUUUGAAUAUGGUUGGUUUUCUAUUAAAGAAAAGUGUAAAUUGUGCAUGAUAUUAAUUAGAUCAAGGUAAACAUUCAGGAGAAAAUAUUGAAUUGCAUUUUAGCUCUUGGAGAGUUCUUUUUAAGUCCUCCUCCUUUAUAAGCUUUCCUGCCCCCUUUAAUGAAAGUCCUUGUAAAUCAUUGAGUUUCCCAGGGGCCUAUUAGAGCUUUCAUUGGAAGUGAAAGAUGUAAGAGUUGCAAGCUGGGAAUCAAAAUGUUACACAAGAAGUUGGAUGAUGUUUAAUUUGUUGAAAAUAGGAAGAGAGAAUUUUAGCCUUAAUGAGUAAUGGACCCAAAAUUGCUUUCAGAAAGAGCAAGGAUCCCUUUUCUCUAACCUCAUUAAUUUUGUUAUUACUCACAUUUUAAGCUAUGGUAGUGUACUUUUUACUUUCUCCAUUACUUGUUGGGUAUUUUAAAGUUAUCAGCUUUAUCAAGAUGUUCAUAGUAACAGACAUGUCCGAAGCAGAUUAAUUUGAUAUGCCAAGACAUGUUUAAAUUACAGGUCAUGGUGACAAAGAUGUGUAUAAUAAACUUAACCCAGAACUUGCUUGGAGACUACCAAGAGAAUCUACAGAAUGGAGAAGGUGAGAAAGAUGAAUAUCAUGAUUUCAGGUCUAGAAAAAAAUAGAAGACACAUUUUUCUUACCCUCUGACCUAGGGUGGUCACUAGGCAUCAGAGAUUGCAGAAUUCUCUGGCAAAAUUUGUAUGGCCUAAUUUUAUUUCUUUUUUUUUUUUAAUUCAUACAAACAUUCCUUGUUACUUUAUCCCUUAGCUCCUAUGAGUUACCAAGAAGAAUUUCUUGUUACAAUAUCAAGCAGACAAGUGAUCAGAAUAACGAAAAAUAUCAAUUGGGGGAUUAUUAGUUGGCUCGAUGCUAAAUUUUUCAAAUUAAUACAAAAGAAUUGUAUAGCAGACAGCAAAGAGAAUUACUAAUAGGAACUUGGAGUGAAAGGGUUUGUGUUGUUCUACUCUUAUUCCAUUUCUUAAUGAAAAGUUUGUUAACCCCUGUUGCUAUUAGAAGCAGUUAGGGAGGGGUGGAAAAGGAGACAUUCUUUGGUUGGGUGAAAUGGUAAAGAUGCUAUGAAUAUUUCAUUAGUACUCCUUUUGCAAAUAACAUUUAAUUGUGGACAAGUAUCUCAGUAUUAUUUUCAGGGAUGUAAAAAGUGUAAAUGGAAAUUGUGCAGAUUAUUUUUUAAUAAAUGUUUCUUGGUUAACAAGAUUGAUGGAUUUUAUUUUAGAUCUUAUGGAAGACCUGCCAAGACUGUAAAACUGAAGGCAAAUUUUGUGCGUUUGUCUGAGGGUAUGCUGAUGGAUGUCAGUAGUGUUAGUAGUGCUUCAAGUCUUCACAAACAGCCAUUCUUUCAUAUUUAUUGGACUGAUUGUCAGGUAGAAACUUGACAAAUAGAUUCCAUGUUGCUAUAUGUCUGUUCAGUAUUAGAUCAUAGAUGAUAUCAAAAUGUGGUAAGAACUAAAAAGUGGUACUAAAGGCGCAGCUUAUUUUUCCACUUAUCUACUUACCAAAAUUUUGACAUCUUCUGUGACCCUUUACUAUAAAGACCCACAACAAUGUGGAUUCUAUUCAUUUUAUACGAUAAAAAGUAAAAUACUGUUAAUGGUGAUGUCAUCUAUGAUAUAGGAAUAUAUCAUAAGUAACAACCAAUCAAAAUACAUAUAUAAUUCAGCUUGUGAUAAACUUGUUAGAUGAUCGCAUAAGCUCAUGUAAUGACAUGUAAAUCAAAACUUUUCCAAGUGAUAAACUACUUCACAGAAACUGCAUUAAAAUGGCAGUUUUAGGCUAGAUUUUGCCUUGUCUCCUCUCUCCAAGCUUUAGUUAUUGUAUCUUCGAAUUAUCUUCCUCAUCAUUGGACAAUGUAAUGUAUGGCAUUUGUACUGACAAUACUAAAGUUUUGCAUAAUAUUGUGAGUAAUUAAGGCAGUCAGAUUGUCAACAAUAUGAACAGUUAACUGUAAAGGGAAAUUGUUUUGGAAAACAACUUUGUUGCAUAGUCCUUUACCCCAAGGUAUCAUUCUCUAAUACAAGCAAUCCAAAAGGAUUUUCUUUGUUUUUUUCCCAACAUCUUAGUUUACUUACAUGCAUUGUUUUACAAAGUGGCUUUGAAAGUAAUAUGAAACAUAUUAACCCUUUAACUCCCUUGAUCUGAUUAUUAAUUCUCCCCUCUAGCUGCUACACAUUUCCUUGUAAAGUAGCUGGGAGAAUUUGGUGUUAGAUCAAGAUAUCAACUUUAACCUAAUAAGUUUGAGUAUUCUCAUAACCUGCUUGCUAGAUAAUGUAUGGAUAUUAUAGGGAGAAAUUACAUGUUAACCACAGAGUUAACAAAAGGCAAGUAAGUUAAAUGUCAUCCAGUUUCUCCUACAAAUCAUAGGAUCUUUUCAUUUGAAAUGUAUUGGUCCAAGUCAUUCUUUUAAUUAAACGUUUUUUCAUUUUGUUUUGCAUUCUGGGUGGGAAAUCCUCAAAAGCUGUUUGUUGUAAUGGUUGUUUUUGGCUUUUUCUUCUUUUAAUAUUUUUUUGUUGAAAAUAAAGUUGUGACCACAUGGUAAGAUUGAUAUGGUUUUUGAAAUUUGUUUUACUUGCAUUGUAUAGUAAGUUAGAUGCAACUACUGUCAGUAGGUCCUUGAAAAUUGUUUAUAAUUUUGUUGUAAAAGGAUGCAGAUGAGUUUAAAAGUGGGGUAAAAGACAGCAUCACAGAUUGGAUGAAAAAUCUACGUGAAAGAAAUAUUGUGGACUGGAUGAUUAUCCAAGUUGUGGCUCAGGACUCACUUAGGGGAAACAAACCAAAGUUGACACUUCCUCGCAGCACAGUGUUUGACAAAAUCAAAAGUGACUUUGGUGGCAAGAACAGUGAAAGGUAAAUCUACUGUCUGAGAUUACAGAUUGUUUAGCUGCAAGAAAUGAAAAAAAUGCCUGUUUGUUGCAUUGUUGUUUCAAGUCAACUUUUGAUUUAAGUAAACAGUAACACUGUUGUAAAAACCACAUGAAAAUCUACUUAUGUGGAAGCAGCCUGUACAAAAUAGGCUAAUUUUGAGCUCUUGUAAAAUUGACAACUUUUAUGGAAAAUCUCUCAAACUUUGGAGUGAUACAUUUCAAACAAUUUGUUUUACAACAGUAUGAAAAGAAAUAUUGUUUUCAUAUGUACUCUUAGGCAAAUGUUAAAACCUCAACCAGUAAGCUGCACAUUACACAAAUGUGCAUCCUUUGAUUAUCCUGUACUUUUAGUUGGAAGUGAAAUUUAAUUAUUUCAUUUUAAUAAUCCUCUGAUUUCUUAGAGUAUCUAGAAUCUAAUUUUUGUACAAAAUCACCCCCCCUAAUGAUGCAUUUUUGAAGGUCACAACAAUAGAGGAAAUGAUCACCAACUGAAGAAGCUAGCUCUUGAUUGUUAAACAUACAUGUAGUCUCCUUGUCAGCACCCAAGGAAAUUUAUGGAGAAUGUGCAUACUGAUGUCAGAGUGUAAAGGGUAAAAGAGUCAGUGUUGUUCAGCCAGCCAUUAUUUUACCUUUGUCCAUCCUAGAAUAAUACAGCUUUGGGAACCUUUCAAAGAGAGUCAGGCAACACGAUCUGCAGAAUCAUGGCAGAACUUGGUCACCAAACUACGGCAGUUGUUGUUACAGUCAUUCAAUCGACACUUAGGGAAGUUUGAAGAUCAAGUCAGGUCACUAAGGGAGAGACGGACUGAACCACAAUGGAGCUUUACUACAUACUUCUUAUUGCAUGUAAGAUGUAAUUUUGAUAUCAGAGGUUUGUCCACAUGAAAAUAUGCCCAUCUCUCUUAAUGGAGGUCUUUACAAAACUCUGAGGAAAGGAUGAUUUUCAAGGAAAAGUAUUAGACUCAAAUUUAGUAGUAAAAGGGCAGAGUUCAAACACAACACUUCUCUGUGCAAGAUAAAAGAUUUGAUUCUAAAUCUCUUAAAUCUAGUGAUAGUAGGUUGCAUACUCACUGUAUCUUGUCUUUGUGUUGGUAUGACCUUUCCACUCCUAGGAGUGAACUAAAGACAAUUUUGAUCGUGAAACAGAAAAGUGAUGAGAAAAUGGGAUUAGAUGAACUAGGGGUAUGUUUGAUUUAAACCAAAUUCUCAGAGCAAAACGUGUGAAAUUUGGGGCAGAUAUUUGUGGGAAUAUUGCUAUUUAGGUUUUGGUAGUGAGGGGGUUAAAACCACUUGUUAAACUGGGCUGCUGAUUGAAAUACACCUCUGAGAUAUUAUUUUUUUUUAAUAUUCAGGAGGAAUUGUCCUUUGUGUUUGAGAUGCUGGGUCUCUAUGAAGAAGCUCUGAUUCAAUAUGAUGAAAUAGAUGCCCUUCUUACUCAGCUGGUCAUCAACUCUAAAUAUAAAGGUAUUGGGAGGGAACAGUUAUAUGUGUUUUAUUUUUCUCCUUCUUCUCAAAGAUCAGUUAGACCAGAGGUUUUCACAAGUUCACAUGGUUGAUUUUCACAUUGGCGAUCAUCUUAUGGCUGGGGGCUUCCUUGUCCGAACAGCCAUUUUUUUUCUACAAGUAUUUAAAUGAAGUGUAGAUUAUUAUCAAAUCAGGAAUCUUCUUUGAUGUAUUUGUAUUGCUUAACUUUCCUUAAAAAAGGAAAGCGUGUAAACUCUGACCUAUAUUUACCUUUUUUUCCUCACCAAGAGCCCCUUGACUGUAUCGAUGUCUUCAUGCGAGACUGUAAAUGUUUUGAUGGAGUAUUGUUAGCUAAGAGUUCUCAAGACUUCUUGCGACAACUCAUCAAGACUCAAGAAGCCAGCUAUGUUGACCUGCGAAAUUACCUUUUUUCCCGACAAUGCAUCCUUCUGUUGAAGUUGAAGCGACGUGCAUGGGAAAUUGCUCAACGUUUGUUGGAGUUCUUACACAAUCUUGUUCAUGAACUGGCAAUGGAUGAACUUAAGGUAUCAGAGUAAUUUUUGAGAAGUUUUCUUCAUAUUGGAAAUAGAUAAUCUCAAAACUGCUUGGGAUCCACAAAUAUAUUUGUCUGAGAUAUCAUGAAGUUCCAUUUGGCGAGAUUUGGCGGCUCAGAGGUUGGAAUUCUUAACUCAAACGUAAUGUUUUUGCGUUUCUCAGAGGAGCGGGGUCGAGCGCGAGGCAAACGCUAGGAAAGCGCGUGGAGAACACUUGGAAAACACGAAGAAUGCGCGAGGAUAGCAAGAGGAGUGCCUCCCCUCGCGAGUGCCUCCCCUCGCGCGUGUCUUUUCCCUCACGUUUGCCUCGCGUUUGCCUUCUCUCGCCUGAACCACGCUAAAGAAAGACAUCUGUUAUGAAGGAGAGAAGGACUGUGUGACAACAGAUCAAGGUCCAAGCCCUAACUAAGGGCUUAGUGUCGUGUUAUCGAGGAAGACGCUGAAUUUUUAAAGUACUUCUUCCCACUCAGGAGGAUAAUGAUCAUACUCCUGUUAAUAGGAUAAGGGUCACCAGCUGUGGUUCAGGUUCUUUGUGUCAUAUUAUCGGGCAAGAUAUUUUAUUUUCAAAAUAAUUCCUCCCACCCGGGAGGCUGUUUGAGUACUGGCGGAUUCUCAGGGAAACUUGACUUACUACCAGGACGUUACCUGUGAUGAAGUUCACGGCGUAUCAUCCUAUCCUAGGGAGUAUCAAUGCUCCUACCACCUUCAUAUUCUUGUUAUUGCGAUGACCUCUAGCACUUGAAACUCACAAGGCAUAAUCUGUUACUUUUCUUGGCUUAAUUUUUUUCUUCAAGAUCUCCAUGCCGACUGGUGGAGCAUCGUGCUGUAUCAUCUUAACGAGCCUGGAGGUGUUAAAAGCUUGUGAGGAACAAUGUUUUCGGGAAGAUAUGAUUUACAGUUUGCAUUUUGCUCUUCUAUACCAGUACGCUAAACAAAAGGUAUCAUUCAUCACGCAUUUUCUUGGUGUCGUAAAUCUAAAAUCAAAGUAAUCAAGAAAGGAGCCAAUAAAAACUCAAAAUAAAAUGAGGUAAACUGCCUGAAGAGCGGGAAAAUGAAAGCCCGGGAAAACGUAGGUGACCAAGACGCGGUCGGUUUUAGUUUUGAAACUGAUUUGUUUUUUCAGACUGUUAAAAUUGCUGAAAAAUUUGCUGCAUCCUGUUUCUACUAAGGUGCGCAUGAAUGCCAAAUAAGAUUUUGCUCGUGUCAAAAUUAAGAAGUAGAAGUUUUCGCACAAAACAUUUCUAACUGCGUAUUGUUACAUUUUUUUUUUAGCUGGAUGAAUUGGGAUCUCUUUGUGGCCUUUUGCCUGAUACCACUCCAACAGAAAUUGCUCAACAGAUUACUGAUACCCUGCUCUCCGGGAUAGCUAAAACACAAACCGAUGGUAGGUUCACCUUAAUUUUUAUGUGUUCAUAAUUGUGCGAGUCUGUUUAACAUUGGUAGAGUCUACCAUUUCCUCCACUAACCGCAUCAACAGUACGCCAGGUGGUAACCGGUCGGAUAGUGUUAGUCUUUUUUUUGAUAUAUUUCUUUUGCUCGCUGUUGUGCAUCUUGCGAAUGCCACGGAAGAUCGGAACAUCUGGAGAGACAGAUAAGAUACUUGGUACAGGUAGUCUGGUCGAUACGGAUAGGAUAGGAAAGGAUUGACGGUGCAAUUUUUGUGUGCCGUUUUUCUGCCUUAAACGGAAUAUAUACCACUAGGCUGAGCCUUUUAGGUAUUCGUCUAAUUUUGCGAAUAAUCAAAUCACUAAGUGUAUUGUGAAAUAUUGAUAAACGGACGAGCAAUCGCUAGUCUUUUUAUAGGUGUAAAACACCUUUCCCUUUUUGUUUUGCAGGAGAUCUUCAACCCAACAGUCCAUCAACAAGACUCCAGAAGGCUCUGUCGUCGAAAAAUGCCUUUCAAGCACUAUACCUGGUGAGAAGAAUAGGCCAAGUUGUUCGUUAUAUUUUAGUACCAAAUCAGAUUUACCAUGCCAGCUUACAGUGUAUGCAUGGGGUUAAUCCAAGUUGGAUUAUAUCUGGUUUAAACAAUCCAGUCCAGCUUUGUUAAAUUGCUACCCUUGGAACAGAAGAAGUGUUCGUUUGAGAGAACACUUUGCUUUUAAGAAGAUGUAUGCGUAGGGUUUUUGUGCGUUCGAAACCACGAGUCAGAGUUUUCCACCUAGUUUUGAAGUUUUCCAUGCGGUGUAUUUCCAACGACCUUACAGAACAAAGCUGAACAUUUCUGGUGCAUUUCCAACGACCUUACAGAACAAAGCUGAACAUUUCUCAGAGACAGUGAGAACUGAAAUUUUUUUUAUGAAAAGCCUCUCAAGCGUGGAAUAGUUUGGAGUUUAUGCAUCUGAUUUCCUUAAAAGAUGCUGUGAUUCUUUGAGCCAAUUACUGAGUGAGGUGUAGGAAAAGCAAUGUACAACCGUAUUGAUUGUAUUGAUUGUAUUGAUUGACAGCCGUACCCUACUUACAUCUCAACAGGAUUUGACAGAGCGAGCAAUCGAAGUCUUUAAGAACAUCGGUAGAGCUCGAGCUGCUAAGGUUCUAGGUGUGGACCUGGCACAGUUUUACUGGUGAGUGCGAAAUAUACCAAUAUGAUAAAUCUGUUUGUUUAAACCAGUGAUAAAUAUACAUAUUUUUAUUCUCAUCAUUAUUAUUUUACCCUGGUAUACUCUUGGACAUUUUAUAUAUUCAAAUGACCUGGCUUUGCUGCAAUGUGCGUACUGUUUUAGACUGGUUAUUUUUUCAAAUGUGCAAAACUUCACCAUUCUCUUCUUCAUGAAUCUAUAAGGAAUUUACUGACUUUAUUUGUGUCCUAAUGAGGAGGUUUAUUAGCUUAAAAAUUCCUUUCGCUCAAGCUUGAGUUUCUGAAAUCAGAGACCAGAGAGAGUCGGAUCAAUUUCAGAUUGUAAUGAAGCACAGCCAGUGUAGUACAAAAUUACUUUCGAUUUUUAAUUAAAUCUUUUAAGAUCAAAAUUGAUCGCAGUAAAGAGCAAACUUGUAAGAAACGUGGUCGCUUAACGGUUGGUGCUCUCAGGUCGAGAGAUCUGGGUUCGAGAUCUGGCUGGGUCAUUUUGUUGUGUUCUUGGGAAAAAUACUUAACCCUCAUGGUGCUUCCCCUCCCUCCACCCACUCUACCCAUAGGUAUACAUGAGGCCUUGGCGAACUGUCAGGAAAAUCAGACAAAAUGAAGUGGAGGGGGUGGGGUGGGGGGGGGGGGGGGUGACUUGCUAUGGAUGAGCAUCCCUCUCCUUCAAGGGGAAGUAGCAAUAUUUCCAGCCCCUUCAUGUUACGCAAACCGUGAAAAGCUCCGACAGUACAAGCUAGUAAGCUUGAGUGUAGAAUUAACCUUUUUUUAACCCUCAGGAGUGACCAGUAUCUAAUUUCUCCUUACAAUAUCACCCUCGAAUCAAACAUUAAGGUCAUGAGAAUAAAGGAAAUGAUCACCAACUUAAGCAGCUCUUGAUUAUUAAACAAAUUCUCUUUACCAGCACCUUGGGGAAUGUAUAGUGAACAGUAUGGAGAAUAUGGAUACUGAUGUCAGGGGGUAGAGGGUUAAAGAGCCCGCUGUUGGUUAUGCCCAUGUUUGUGUUGAUUUUUAGUUCCCGUGGAGAGUUUUACCGAGCAGAGCCUCUGCUUGUUGAUGCAUACAAGAUGUACAAACACGAGAGGUGGAUUCUGCUUGCAACACAGUGUUUGGUCAAACUGGCUCGCUGUCAAAAGCAGCUCAAACAUCUUGACAAGUAUCCUUUAGAAUUUGAUCAGAACUGGAAUGUUUUGAUCUCCAUAUUGAAAUUAGAAAGCGGGGAUCUUGAUUCCCAAACGGCGUAAGAUCAGUCUUAAAUUACUACUAUUUGAAAGACUACUAGCAGGAUUGAAAGCCAUCCUUAACCCAUGAGAUAUGCUGCCUCCUGUUCGAUUUUGGCUUGUGAGCAGAGUUUGCCAUCCGAGAGGAGGUCCCACUACACUCAGGAGUUGUUGCAAGUCAUGCGAGACACAAUGGAUUCAGGUAUUCACAGCUUUGGAAAAGUCGGGUCGAUGGAAUAAUUCACGAAAAUUAUACAACCCUCGAAAGUUCUCAAAUGUUGUAUCAAAUUCUCAGCUGUCUUCAGCCCCCCUCUACUUCAAGUUAAAAUAAGAAUUUUUAAGUCUGUUUUAAAAUCUCUUUAAGGGAACAUAACCUCUUACUCCUCUCUUCCUAGAGGCUUUCCUCAUGCGAUGAUUGGUGCCUUCCCUCACAUCUUUCUAGACAUGGGAUACGAAAUCAGUCUCAACUUAUGCACAACUUAGUUUGUAGCGAGUCAGCAACCCGAGUGGCAGUCAUUGUCAGACUCUAAAGAUUAUAUCGUUUUAAACAAUUGAAUAGGUGUGGAGCCGAGAUCAAAGGUGUUGAGGUGCACCUUGCGUCGCACUGUAUUCAUUUACCUUCAAUUUCGUAUUCUCCAUGUUAUGUUCUAGCGCAAGCCAUCAUUGUACGAGCUGAACCAUUACUACGAGUAGAAGAUGUACAAAUUGAUCUGAUGAAGGGUAUUGGUAGCGUUGGAGAGAGUAUUAAUGUCAAACUCAAGCUGUUCAGCGCUCUGGAGGAGGUGAUGCUUGCUUCAGUAUUUUUGGCGACAAAAUGAUUCUCUAACUGCUUUUCAAUGUUAUAUACUUGGACUGUUUUUUAACCCUGUUAACUCCAAAGAGUAACUAGCAACUAAUCUUACUCUAUGGUAUCACCACUGAAUCACACAUUAAGGUCAUGAGUAUUAAGGGAAUGAUCACCAACUUUAGAGGUUAUUGAUUUUUAAACGAACUCUCCCUGUCAACAUCAAAGAAGGUUUAGAGAAAACAUUAUGGAAAAUAUGCAAACUAAUACAAGAGUGUAUUGUGUUAAAGGAGCAAAGCACUGAUGUAUUGAGUCCCUGUAGGUGUCAGCGAGUUGCCUCAAUGGUAAUACGUGGAAUUAAUCGUUGCCAAGGUCCCCCAGGAGUGGUUAAAAGGAUUGAAACUGUUUGCGAAUGAUAUACUCGUACAAUUUAGAAAAAAUUAGUCCAGAGGGACAAAGCUGCUUUUCUUUGUUUCAAAUUUUCACAAGUUCCUGUUUUCCCUCAAAGGAGGUUACUUGUGGACGGAUCAGCUUCAGUAUUCAGACAAAUGAUCUUAAGCGUGUGGGUAGCAUUCGUUCAAGUAAGAGAAACCGAGCUACGUCUCCGCCAGAAGUUGCAGAGAAUAGGCUGUCUUCAGCUGCGCUCUCUGAGGAAGACUUGUCAGAUAAACCUGUCACAGAGGAUCAAGCAGCCGGUACGACUUACCGUUACUUUGAUUUUUGUUAUGAUAUCACGUGUAGCAACUAGUAUUUCAAAAAUAAUUGCUAAAUAAUUUUUAUUUUAUUUUGUUUGCGUUUUUGCGUGAGGUUACGCAAGGAUUACGUAAAGGUAAACACUUGUUCUCUCAUCAGUAUUUGUUUGCUUCACUCGCCAGCACUUGUCAUAUAGUUGAUUUUCGUGCUAGUAGUUUUUCGUUCUCAUAAUCUAUAUAUGUUUUAUUAGCGUCCUAGUUUUAUUUCUUUUAGUCGUUUCGGUAUAUUAUCUGGUAAGAUAAUUGUCUUUAUUUGUUUUCGGUUAAAUUACACCUCCAUAUACAUUUAUUUGGAUAAAUAAAUAUUAAUACUUUCGAUACCGUGGCGAAUGAUUUGUAGCAUUUACCUAUAUCACACAAUGACUCCGUGUGACGCAGUGUCUUAGAACCACACUAAGAUUUUACUUGAAGGAGAAAUUAACUAAAUCUUAGUAUAACUACCCGAAGAGAGGUGGAGAGAAUUUUGAAACUUAGGUAAUUUGUUUCCCCGGACUAAAUACGCCAAAGUUUGUAGGUUUUGAAUAAUUUAACCUUCAUUUUGGCGCCUGGCGAUCCAGCAAAAUCUUCGCCAUCCUUAACCUCUAGCCUCAGUAUCAUUGCGGAGUCAACUUCAUGUUUGAGUCCGCAAUGAUACUGUAUUGUGAGAAUAGACGAAAUGAUUACCAAGACGCUAAAUAAAGAGGCUCAUGAUUCAUAAGCAGAUUAUCUUUGUCAGUACAAUGGUAAAUAUAUAGAGAGAACAGUAUAGAGAAUAUGCAUACUGAUGUUAGGGUGUUAAAAGGUUUAUCCUUAUCGUUUUCUUUGGGUUUUUGAUGUGCUCUUCCCAUUUCAGACGGAGAAGCGCUCUCUGAAGUUGACAGAGUAGAAAAAUCUCGUCCGCUGCCCCCUCGACCGCCAUUAUUACCAGAGGUGAAGAGUGUAGAAGAGUUGAAUGUUUUAACAGAUGGAGGUGACUCAGAUUGCUGUCUACAAUGCUUCAAUGUUCCCUUGAAAUAUGGGGUCAACGAGUAUAACCUCACUGCACAGGUUGGCUUUCUUAUUCAUUGUUGGAAUCAAGGUGAAGUCGUUCAAUUGGCGGACAACUCUAUCCAACGGAUGGAUCGCUAUCCAGGGGAUAAGAGGUCUCAUACGCGCUGCGCUACCCACUGGAUAGAGAUUUAACCAGUGGAUAGCGUUGUCCGCUUUUCGAACAACUAGGGCCUGAUGUUAACAAUUUGACCCUUUUACUCUUUAGAAUGAUGAGUGACUCACGUAAUGAGUGGUGAUGGUACAAACCUAACGUAACGUACGUGAAUGGUCAAACACUACAAGUAUAAUCUGGGGUGUGGGGGAGGGGGAGUUUGCCAGUGAUGGCCUUGCAUCUAUCCUCUAGGCGUAGCAGUACCCCAAAACCCUUUAUGAAGUUGAAAAUUAGCGAUCGGAUGGCUGAACAGCUGAUUAACAGAGGACUCAGUAUCUAGCUAAACGUUAUACCAUACUCCUGCCAACGUUUGUCUGAACACUUACUGCCUCCGCUUGCCACUCUUAUUGUUGGCCGGCUAGAUGCAACGAAGACAAUGGAAAUGAACAGCAUUGGAAGGGGAAGAGGGACGAAAGAACGUUGUAAACGUUCUUCUAGAGACGGAUUGUAAGUCUAUAUGUAAAAAGUGACCUGCAUUCAGCAAGGAUUAGUAAUAUCAGGAGCGUUCUGGUUAAAGAUGGGGUAAGAAAGAUGAUACGGUUUGAGCUUAGUUCAUUAUUCUUACCAGUUUGAAAUCCUCUCUGCAGCUGUCCGAACCAGGUAACUAUUUCCUAAGGCAGCUUUGUGUGGAGAUUGGUCGUCUGGACUUUGUUUGGCCACAGUUAUCUCUAUCAAGGCAGUCCAGAGGAUUUGCCAUCGUGUGCGAUCCUCCACAAAUAAACUGGACUCACGAAAGGGGUUUGUCCUUCUUUUUAUUUUAUAAGGAGACCGUUGUUAAUUGGCUAUUCUAAAACCUUGUAAUUAUAGCGCCAUGACUGUUGGCUGGUUAUGUUAGCUUGUCUUCCUGGAAUAUCCAGAUUACAUAGCGUGCUCCAAAGAACAAUUGCAUACUCAGCUGAUUGGUAGAGGCGAGCGAAUAUCCUUGUUCUUUCACAAUGUAUAAUUGCUCAUAUUAUCUCCCCCAUAAGUGGUACUGCAAAUCAUUUUGCUGCUUUUUUUCCUGGACUUUUUUCCGUAGUGCAAAUAUUCGGCCUCUAUGUAAUUUUAUAUGCCAAGGCUCAACAGGCUCAACAAGAUUUUGUAAUCUAUUGUCUUUUACCUUAAUGUUGGUGGUAUGCAACCAGUUAUCUUUUCGUAAAAGAGGUCGUGGUUAUUCAUCGUGAAUAACAAUAAAAGCUAAGUUUUUUCGUUUGUCUCACGAUGUAGUCACGUGUGAUGUAGAUCUACAUCACACGUGACUACAUCGUGAGACAAACGAAAAAACUUAGCUUUUAUAGUUAUCUUUUCCCGAUUUUUUUUCCCUUAGACCAUCAUCUGUUAUCUGGCCUGCUACAACAAGUUACUCUCAGUGUGUCAGUCGAGUCUGGAUCCAUUGCAGACGGGUCAGUGCUGGAAAUCUCUACAAACGCUGGUCUUACCUUCGAACCUGUGCAGUCCGGACACGCUAUUAUAAAUUGCUUAAUGGGUAAAGAGGAGAGAAAAACAGCUCCCUACAGUGUAGCAGUCAACAUGAUUCCUGAAGAUGAUGGUGUCCCUGGCAGCUCUGUUGCCAUGGUUACCCUUCCAGCCUUAGGACCCUACGCUAGAAUCGAUUUUAACUUGAAGCUGCGUGCAAGUUUGGAGAAGCAGAGUAUUCAGGAGGAAAUCACAGAACACAAGGUUCGGACAAGAAUUGAGAAAGACUAGCAUUUUUUCUUAGGGUGACGAUCAAAGUUAAAGAUGAAAAUUAGAAUAUGUUCAUGUUUUCUUUUCAGCUUGUGUUCAGUUGUAAGUGGCUGUCUCCAGUGGUCACCGCAGAGCUGUCAUGCUUGUUUCACCGUCCGUUUUCCAUUCGUCACGUGCUUCUCUCGUCUGAAAGCAAGUGAGUUUGAUCUAGGGCCUUUUGAACUAAUCCCGAGUGGAUGGCUUUAUUUUUGGCUUUGUGGUUGGUCCGGAAAACUCUCAAGUCACACUCUCAACCAAUCAGAUGCAAAACUAAAACCAAUCACGACUUGGUCGCCCGCGUUUUCCCGCGCUAUAGGCUAUUUGCUUAUUUUCCCCUGGAGUUCUACUUGGCUUUAUAAGGUUUUUCCCUUUCUCCUGAUUGGCCAUUUGCGUAUACCUGAAGAAGACUUCUUAGUGUACACAAAUGGAAUUAGUUUGAAAAAGGGACUGCUGGCACUACUUUUUAACUUGAUGCGGUUUUUUAAAUUCUUUUUUCAGCCGAUUUGUUCAAGUGAUAGUAAGUGGAAUCAAUCCUAUUGAUCUUGUCAUCUCAGCUCCUCAGUUGAUCAUCACCAACUGCUCUUCGGUGAAGGUCACACCUCUGCACAGCUCUGUGGAAUAUGUGAGUGUUUCAAUUACUACACAUUCUCAGUAUUUGCAUUUCCUUUUUCUUGCUAUUUAUCUUUGAUUUUAUAUUUUUUAGAUAAUCGUCAACAACCAAGAGGUAUCCUUCCUCUGGAAAGUCGAUUGUAAGGAAGGUAACCUUUUCUCAAUUUAAAUAAUCUUAUAAGAUAAGAAACAAUCCAACAAGAUAAGUUGCAUAUAGUGUCAGUUAUGAUGGUUAAACUUUGGGAUUCCACUAGGGAAAAAUCUCCCAGGGAAUUGGAUAAUGCCGGCUUUAUCCCAGGGAUUAAUGUCAACUUUUCCAGUAGCUCCAAUACUACGCUUGCUGUCGAUUUCUACAGUUCUCUUGAAUGUAAAAAUCGCCUUUCGUUCUUUUGUUUUAAUUGGUUUAAAUGGAAACAUCGUGCAGUACACUUUUGCUUUUGUUAUCUCGCGAAUUCUUAUUAGAUAAGGAAGUUCGAUUCCCUUUUCUGUCUUAGAAAUGUGCUCUUAGUCUGAUGACAAGUAAUGUCGUUUGAACGAGGAGACAAACGGUUUGACUGGUUGUAGUUGCAAUGAUCGGAUGCAAAAUAUGUUGAGCUUGGUAAACAUGUCAUAUUAGCGCCCUAUUAUUUAAGAUUUCAGAAGAAAACUACGGAAAUGCAAGCCGAGUGUUAUUUCUUUCGACAGGUUCAGCGUCGGCGCUCGAGUGCGAGUUUAGGACUUCGUUUUCACCAAAGGAGACUACGGUAGGAUUGUAAGUUAGUCAAAGAUAGCAUUAGAUCAAUGGAGAUAUUGCUAGAAACGUUUUCCUUCACUCAGCUAUUCCUCGAGUAAUAUUCAUUUGUUUGGGUCUUGCGGUGACCUGCCGGUUGGGAGCGCGAUGGAGUCUGAGGCGAGAGCGAGAAGUGAUUGGAGGGAGAUGGCUUGAGUCUUGUAGGGGUUAUGAAGAAUUCAUACAAAGGAGAGCAUCCCUUGAAACUAACAUCCCGUUCCGUUGGGGUAGAAUGCUCCCAGUCGCUUCAUGCUAUAGGAAGAAGGAUAUGUGAAGGUAUUGAGGGCCGCUAGGUUCGCAAGACUUGACCUAUAGGCUAUACGCUCUCUCAAAUUUGUCGCGACCGCUUCCAUUUUCUCAACCAGAGGAGGCAUUCUUCCCCCAUUCUAUACUACUUAUUUUUGGCGCCUUGUCUUCAAAUUUAUCUUGACCUUUUCUGAUUCUAUUCUGCAGGACAGUAUUCUUUCCUCAUCGGAGAAGAGAAACUAUCUUUACGACUUUAAUGUGGAUAAUACCAAGGUAAACACUGGCGUUUCUCUGACUUUCUGUUUAAACUGAGUGGACUUGAAAGUUAAUACUACAACAACCAAACGUAACUCAAACUGACAUUUGAUUUCAGUGAAAUACAUUGAUUUAGAUGUAUGUUGAAUAAUUGAUGUAAAGGAAAUUGUAUCGAAAAGAAAACUACGUGCAAGGGCCUCCUAGGUAUGUAUUCAUAUCCAAAGAAAAUGGCAUACGGAAUUUUUAAACCGAAAAAAAAUUGUGCAACUUGUGGAAUCCAUUAACCGUAGUAACUUUUCUGAUGUCCCAGCCCUAAGCAUUCCUUUUUUCCUUCCAGACAUUAUACACCAUAAGUUCAAGGGUAGAGCCUGCGGAGGAUUCUGGGAAACUCUUUGCAGGUUCGACUUACAAGUGGCACAUCACUUUUACAAAGUUAUUUGACGAAGGUACUCCUGAUACUUCACAACUCAUGUACGAUGUUGACUCCGAUACAAACACGUGGGCCGUGAACGGACGCAAAAACGGUGUUUUGUCCAUACCCACAGGUGUCAUGGCAACUAGUGAAGUUGUUCUUAGUCUGAUACCACAGACGGGCGGAAACUUAGCGAUGCCAGAAAUAAAGUUAAUGAAGUAUGUCGAAAAGGACGCGACUUUACCGCAAGCAAAGAAUAUCGAGGGCGCAGGUGUGAACGCGUCUGAAACGCUUUCAAAUCAGCAAUCCCCUCUUAUUUUGCCGUUUACCUGCGGUCAGGUGUAUAAUAAGACAGCGGCGGUUCGCGUCUGCGUUUUGCCAAGCAAUAAUCCUGAUCUUGCUUGGAUAUGAACCGACCGUGAAUUCCAAACAAAAUGUUUAGUGGAGUUUGAAACAAAUUUAAGAAUUAUGACUGAAAAACUUAAACGGUCCUUCCGGGAAUUUUACGAGUCAUUGAUAUUCUUCUGAAUCAUUGCA